CAGGCAUUCUCUCCCUCUCUCUCGUAUACACGCACACACAAACACACACCCUCUCCCUCUCUUUGUCUGUCCGUGUCUCUCUCUUUCUCUUUUAUCCUGAGAUGACUGCUACCAGGUCGAGCUUGGUCGGGAGGACUAUAAAAGGUCUCACUUGAUUUUGUUGAAGAAAGUUGAGAAAGACAGCGAUUGACUGGCUGGCUGGCUGGCUGGUUGAGUGAGUGAGUGAAAAAGUUUUCCAUAUUCAGCUUCUGCUCUCUUGUUGCAGCUGCGGAAUCUACAAGCGGACGAGGAAGAAAGCUUGGUGUGCCCAAUUUCCGUGGGGAGGGGAGAAUGGCUGGAGUUGGGUUGUUCAUUUUCCUCGAUUAAUUAUUGCGAACUGCAAUUGGGUUUCUUUUGGAGUUCUGCUGCUGUAAGUACAGUGAUAUUUUGUCGGUGCGGUGAAAAUGCAACUUGGGAGGAUUUGAGAUGAUAAGGAUGAGGAUACUGCUGCAGCAGCUCGAAUUGAGUGAGUGGUUAGGGAUUAAUGUGUUGAGAAUUGGAGUUGAGGGUUUUUUUCAGGAUGGGAGUUUCAGAGAGAGUUGUAUGGCUGGAUAUGCAGUUGUAGAAUCAUCGUACUACUAUACUAGAUUAUAAUAUAUACAUAUAUAUAUAUAUAGAUUUAUAAUUGAUUCAAGUGUGGAUAAAACUAUGAAGCUUUCAACAUCAGGGAUGGGUCAGCAGCCUCAUGAAGGGGAGAAGAAGUGCUUGAAUUCUGAACUAUGGCAUGCUUGCGCUGGUCCAUUGGUAUCCCUGCCAAUGGUUGGAAGCCGUGUGGUUUACUUCCCCCAGGGUCAUAGUGAGCAGGUUGCUGCCACAACAAAUAAAGAAGUCGAUGCCCACAUACCGAAUUACCCUAGCUUGCCGCCUCAAUUGAUAUGCCAGCUCCACAAUGUCACUAUGCAUGCAGAUGUUGAAACGGAUGAAGUAUAUGCUCAGAUGACGUUGCAGCCGUUGACUCCGCAAGAACAAAAAGAUGCAUAUCUUCCCAUGGAGCUGGGAAUUCCUAGCAGGCAACCGACUAACUAUUUCUGCAAGACACUGACAGCAAGUGAUACUAGUACACAUGGAGGUUUUUCUGUUCCUCGACGCGCUGCUGAGAAAGUUUUCCCACCUUUGGAUUUCUCACAGACACCUCCUGCUCAAGAGCUUAUUGCAAGGGAUCUCCAUGAUGUUGAAUGGAAGUUUCGGCACAUCUUCCGCGGUCAGCCAAAGCGUCAUUUGCUCACCACUGGCUGGAGUGUCUUUGUUAGUGCCAAACGACUUGUUGCUGGAGACUCUGUUCUUUUUAUCUGGAAUGAGAAAAAUCAGUUGCUUCUGGGGAUUCGUCGUGCCAUCCGACCGCAAACUGUGAUGCCAUCAUCUGUUCUUUCGAGUGACAGCAUGCACAUUGGACUCCUUGCUGCUGCUGCUCAUGCUGCUGCUACUAAUAGCUGCUUCACUGUGUUUUAUAAUCCUAGGGCUAGUCCUUCUGAAUUUGUCAUACCACUCACUAAGUUUGCCAAGGCUGUAUACCACACGCGGGUAUCAGUUGGAAUGCGCUUCCGAAUGCUUUUUGAAACAGAAGAAUCCAGUGUCCGAAGAUACAUGGGCACAAUUACCGGUAUUGGUGAUUUAGAUCCUGUUCGAUGGCCAAACUCUCAUUGGCGUUCAGUGAAGGUUGGUUGGGAUGAAUCCACAGCAGGUGAAAGGCAGCCAAGGGUAUCUCAGUGGGAAAUUGAGCCUUUGACUACAUUUCCAAUGUACCCAUCAUUGUUUCCUGUGAGGCUGAAAAGGCCAUGGUAUCCCGGGGCAUCAUCUUUCCAAGAUACUGGGCACGAUGCACUCAACAGCAUGGCAUGGUUGAGAGGAGAAGCUGUCGAUCAAAGCUUCAAUUCUCUUAAUUUUCAGUCUCCCAGCAUGUUUCCAUUGAUGCAGCAGAGAUUUGAUCCAACAGGCUCAAGGAACGAUCUUAACCAACAGUAUCAGGCUAUGCUAGCAGCUGGGCUGCAGAAUUUUGGAACUGGGGACUUACUGAAACAGCAAUACAUGCAGUUCCAGCAACCUGUUCAUUAUCUCCAACACUCUAGCAGCCAUAAUCUGCAGCAGCAGCAGCAGCAGCAACAGCAACAGGCCGUCCAAUCAUCGGUUUCUUCUCAAAUGCUUCCUACCCAGACCCAAAUGCUGCUAGAGAAUAUGCAGAGGCCACUGCAACCGCAAGUUGAUCAUGGGUCGGAAGAGCAUCCGCAACAACAUAAUUAUCAAGACACUUAUCUAGUCCAACAUGAUCAUCUUCCCUCCCCUUCAUUUACGAAGCCGGAUUUUACGAAUGCAAACAGUAACAUGUCCGCAUCCAUGGCUCAUUCGAGCAUGCUAAACAUGCUGGGUUCUUUUUGCCCCAAAGGAAGCAGUAAUCUUUUGAAUUUCUCGAAGACUGGACAACCAGUUCCCGGGGAGCAGUUAGCCCAGCAGUCGUGGACAGCGAAAUAUACACAUGCUUCAGGUAGUGAUUGUUCGAAUUCAGGGUCACUUCCUCCAUAUUCUACAAAAGAGGCUCCUGCUGAGCAGGGAACAUGUAGCUUAGACGUGCAGAAUCAGGCUCUUUUCGGGGCCAAUCUCGACUCAUCUGGCCUUCUGCUGCCCACCACCGUGUCCAACAUUGGUGCUUCUUCAGUCCAUGCUGAUAUGUCAGUUAUGCCACUAGGGUCAUCCGGGUAUCAGAGUCCUCUUUACGGCUUUGUCCAAGAUUCUUCUGACAUCGUACACAGUACUGGACAAGUUGAUCAAUCUACACCAACCCGUACCUUCGUGAAGGUCUAUAAAACGGGAUCGGUUGGUAGGUCCCUGGAUAUUGCCCGGUUCAGCAGCUAUCAGGAGCUGCGCCAGGAAUUGGGUCAGAUGUUUGGGAUUCAAGGGUUGCUUGAAGACCCUCAAAGAUCAGGCUGGCAGCUUGUAUUCGUUGACAGGGAGAAUGACGUCCUUCUCCUUGGAGACGACCCAUGGGAGGCUUUCGUGAAUAACGUUUGGUAUAUCAAGAUCCUUUCUCCAGAGGAUGUUUUGAAGUUGGGAAAACAAGAACCUGAAUCUAUGAAUAGAAAUGCAGUUGAAAGAAUAGAUUCUGCUGAUGCUUCAAACAUCGUCUCAGGACUUCCAUCUCUAGGAUCUCUUGAAUACUGAACCUAACUGAAAACUGCUGUUUAUCAUGUGGCUCCUGGCUCUUGUAAGUUGCCCUUCGCUUAAAAGUGCCUUGAGUCCACGAUUUGAAUGUUUAUGUAUGUUGCUUGAAAGAAUUUGCCACGUAUGUGAUGCACGACACUAUCGAUGUAGGAAUAUAUGCAGCAGGCUGUGUGUAGUAGACUUGGAUCUGAAAAGAGAAGGCAUGCUUUCAUUCUGUAUUAAACUUGAGAACUGGAACUAGAUUCGAUGAUUACUAUGUUCUAAGUACUUUACACGUUACCUACCUAAGUUGCCGCUUUACUGUAUCCAAUUUAUGCCCUCUCCCCCUAGAUUUCUGUGUGUGUGUAAGAUAAUGGAGAUAAGAUUGUUGGAUGCUUAACUGUAGCAGCCUACCUUUGAUGUGAAAGCUGUGGAAUGAAGAGGUUGGGUGUGUUUAUUA